AUGCAAUACCAUCUAUCAAAAGUUCUCCUCCUCCUCCUCCUCCUCCUCCUCUUUUCUUUGAACUUCAAUUAUUCAUACACUCAGACAUGGAUCAAAGCCGGUUACCAUUACACCGGUGAAUUUUUCCUUGUCUCUGACAUAGAUUCCACAUUGUUCACUCACCUUAUAUGUGCUUUUGCGUAUAUAAACUCUAGCUCUUACCAGCUCUCAAUCAACUCCUCCACCCAACAGACAUUCUCCACUUUCACAAAAGUUGUCAAGCUCAAAAACUCCAAAAUCACAACCUUACUUUCCAUCUGGGGUGGCAGAGAAGACUAUUCAGUCUUAUUUUCAAUGCUGAACCAGUCUUCUCACCGGAAAUCUUUCAUUGAAUCCUCAAUUAGAACGGCUAGACUUUAUGAGUUUGAUGGCUUAGACCUUACAGGGGCUGUACCAAGAACAGUCAUGCACACUACAUCUUUGGGAACAUUUCUAGAUGAGUGGCGCGCUGCGGUGGAUUCUGAAGCAAGCAAGUCAGGAAAGCCAGGUUUGCUCUUGACAAUGGCACUUCAUAUGCAGGUUGUGGAUACUGUAACUUAUCCGAUCGACUCUGUUAGGAAGAACUUGAAUUGGGUUCGUCUUCUGGCAUAUGAUUACUAUCUUCCUAAAAAGGAAAACUACACACACCCUCAUGCCGCUUUAUAUGACCCAAUAUCAAAUGGGACUAACACGAACAGUCAUGUUAAGGACUUGAUAAACAGAGGACUACCUGCUAGCAAGUUGGUUUUAGGCUUGCCUUACCAUGGUUAUGGAUGGACUGUUCAGAAUCCCAGUAACUAUGUUAAUAAUGUUGGUGCACCGGCGUUAGGUCCUGCGGUUACCAUAGACGGGUCCAUGUCCUAUAAGCACAUCAAAUGGUUCAUUAAGACAUAUGGUGGAGUUCCCAUGUACAAUGACACUUAUGUAAUGAACUACUGCACAAUUCGGUCAAGUUGGUUUGAUUUUGAUGAUGUGGAGGCUAUCAGCGCGAAAGUUUCGUAUGCUAAAGAGAUGGGGCUUCUUGGCUACAGUGUGUUUCAAGUUGGCAAUGAUGACAAUUGGGUGCUCUCUAGGGCUGCAGGUAGGUUGAUAACUUGA